GGAAGUUGUAAUAUGACGCACACGCAGGAGGAGGUUUAGCUCAAGGAUACCUAGAUGCAUGAGUUUUGCAAUGGCAUCUAGAAUAAACAUAAAGAAUGGACUUUUAACCACCAAAAAUUCUCUCCACGUAAAGAUUCCCUAUCCCACGUUUAUACAGAGGCCAGCAGAAAUCAAAUGCACAAGAGCAUUAACAAAUUCGACAGGACAGCACAAUGAACAAUACUGUAUUGAUACUGUAAGGAAGAGGGACUAUGAGGGGUUUUUGUGUUCAUUGCUUUUUCCUGAGGCUGUUCGGCGCUCUGCACUGGCACUGAGGGCGUUUAAUGUAGAACUGGCACAGAUUAAGGACUCUGUUUCUCAGAAAACCAUUGGUUUAAUGCGAAUGCAGUUCUGGAAGAGUGCCGUGGAAGAUAUUUACAGAGAUGACCCUCCAGCCCAGCCCGUCAGCACAGAACUUUGGAAGGCAGUGAGGAAGCACACAUUAACAAGGAGGUGGAUGUUAAGAAUUAUAUCUGAAAGAGAGAAAGAUCUGGAGGACAAAGCGUACAGGAAUCUUCAGGAGCUGGAGGCCUAUGGAGAAAACACACAAUCUUCUCUUCUUUACCUGCUGCUGGAGACACUUGGUGUGAAAAACGUCCAUGCAGACCAUGCCGCAAGCCACAUUGGCAAAGCCCAGGGCAUCCUGACCUGCCUUCGGGCAACCCCUUACAACAGCAGCAGACGCAAGGUCUACCUGCCCAUGGACAUCUGCAUGCUGCAUGGAGCAUCUCAAGAGGACUUCAUCCGUGGCAGCAGGGACCAGAACGUCAGGGACGUCAUUUAUGACAUUGCCAGCCAAGCCCAUGUCCAUCUCCAGCACGCUAGAUCAUUCAGCCAGAACGUUCCACAUGCAGCCAUGCCUGCCUUCCUGCAAACGGUUGUUUUGGAGGACUACCUGCAGAGAGUGAGGAAAGCAGACUUUGAUGUGUUUCACCCCAGCCUACAAAAAAGGAAUCCAAUGCUGCCCCUUCAGCUCUAUUUACGAUCAUGGAGGAAGAUCUAUUGAUCUGUUUGAUUAAAACAUCAUCUGAUUGUUUCAGAUGAGCUCCCUGUCAAACAAACCAAGCACUUGUAAUAAAUCAUCUAGCUUCAAUAUGUUUUUAGGAAUUGCUGUCCUUUUUCAUGUUGGUAAGUAAAGUGUUUGAUUACUCAAUCAUUUCCAGGCUUCACAGAAAAUAACACUCCAUUAAAUUAAAACGUGUCUGAACUCAAUAAAUAUUUCCAGACAUAUUUUGAAAGUACGUACUAUGCCAAACUGUUUUGAAUUUGUUAAAGUAUUUGCGUAAUGUUGGUGGCAUGAAUUGAAGCAAAUAUUUGGUCUAAGGAACAUGUUUUGGAAUAAAUUAAAUUAUUUAAGGCAUUUGCAAACGGCAACAAUUUUACAAAUGUAUAGGUGAGGAAUGUGUCACAUGCCCUUUCUGAUAAGCAAGGUCAAUCAAUUCUGUUUCACACUGCAAAUGUGAUGCAAGGUGGCAUAAUUUUAGUGGCACAAUCAUGAGUUCAUUUAGUCAUAAAAAAAAAAAUACAGUCCUCCCACUGCCACAAAAGCUCUUAUCUGAUCGACAAGAAAACAACUCCUGGCUGUUUGUGACUGCUCUUGAACUGCAGAGAAUAUUUUGCUGGGAGCGAUGUCCUCUGCGUUGCGUUGCUUUGCUUAACUCAUUCAGUCGCUUUUAUAAAGGACAGAAAACUAUAUAUGUAAGCAUUGUUUUUUCUGUAUGUAGAUGACAUUCGUAGCUGAAUAUAUGUGCUUGCUGACUAGCUAAACUAGCAUGGCCAGGCUAAAAGACCAGCUUAGGCUGGUUUAGGAAAUAAGAAUAAUUUAAGUUCUUUUAAACUAAAUGGUGUUUUUAUAUGAGUUUAGUUUCAGAACUUUCAUGCCAUAUGUGAUGAGGCUAUUAAAAUUCUCUCAUUCAUUAAACAUAAGAAAAGGGAACUUUUACAAACAUAAUUAGACAGUAUGCAUAGAUAAUAUGCAUUCUAAUAGCAUGUAGACGGUAAAACGUAUGAAUGAUUAAUGAGCUCCUAAAGGGUUCAGUUGAUUUGGUUAUUUUACAUGCUUUUAAAACAAUGAAUCUCACAUACUGUAAAACACAGAAGUGUAUCUAGAGUUCAUUAGUCUAAUUCUGCUCAGAUAAUAGGCACAUUUAAAAGCUCAAUUCUGUUCCCAAAUCUUAUCUUUUCAGCUGGCAGUCAGUGAUUAAGUUGUGCCCCUUUGAGGUGCUGAAAUGAAAGGAGACACAUUACAAGUAAUUAUCAUCUGGAAAAACUUGCAAAUAAUUGCCUCCUUCACUGAGAUAUGUCAGGGUCAUACUGAAUCUUUUUUUAUUAAUAAAAGUGAGCCGAGACGUUCUGAUCCUGACAUGUACUUUGAAGGGCUGGAGUUCUACACUUCUUGAUGGCCAAUUUAGGGAUCUCAUCCAGUGCUUUAUCACAGAUAUUCUUUCUGGCCAGUGGAGAUGUGAUGCAUUUUGAAAACGGUUUCUAAUUGCAGCACUGCACCUCUAAAAAGGAACUGACAGCUUCUAUUGGCUCAUCGCGGUCCUCUUAUUCACAUUCAGGUCUUGAGAUUAACUGCCUUGGUUGCCAAGGUGAAUUGCUUUUCAUUUCAUGACCCGAGGCAAAUACCGUGUCUAUUAUUUAUACAGUGACAACUACUAUUCAUCAACUUAGGAGAUAACCGACAACAAUUGAAACACCUAUCAUUACAAAACAUGUCCAAAUCAUUAAAUACCCAUCCAUACCUGACCGCCAGAAUGAUCUGUUCAAAUGAACUGUUUGUGAUGUCAUAGUUUCAUUGAGGCCAAUAUACCUGGAUGAAAUUCCAUUUAUCCCUUUGAAAUAUUGACUACAAGUGAACACCAAACUCUUUGGAUGAGUGGAAAUGCGGUUCUUUGUCCUCUGAUUUCCUUCAUUGUUGGUCCUCAAGAACAACAGCGGAGUUAGAAGCAGUUUUGAUUGUGUGAACAGUUUUUGGUUCAGUCUUUCUGCUCAGAAAAACCAUACUGGCAUGAAAAGAACAAAUUAUAAUUAGCAUCUAUGCUCUCAUUG